GUACCGCAUUUACGGCUGGUUUUGUUCACAACUAGUGCAACACCUUCAUCAGUCAACUUCACGUUUCGGAUCAGACCAUUACGAGCCAUCUCCACCGGCCGCUGGACCUGCAAAAGAUCACACACAGCGAACGACACCGACAUUUGAUCUACCCACCAUGCUCAAACUCGCCCUCCAAGCAUGGCACAAGCUCUCCAAAGCCCAAAAAAUCGGCAUCAUCGUCUCCACCCUCCUCCUCAUCCCCCUCAUCGUCCUCGUCUUCACCUACCACCACAAAAUCGUAAUCUACCUAACCCCCUACGCAAAACACGUCAAAUCACUCUCCUGGGGCUUCCUCAUUCCCGGUCUCCUCUGCUUCAUUCUCUCCUUCCCUCCACUCUUCGGACACGAGAUCAUCGCCGUCCUCACGGGAUUCGUGUACGGGCCAUGGGUUGGAUGGGGCGUGAUUGCGGUGAGCACGUUUUUGGCGGAGUGUGUACUGUUUGUGGUGUUUCGCAGGUUUUUCUGGAAGAGGUGUUUGGAGUUUAGACGGGGGCAUCCGAGGGAUUGGGCGGUAUUUUGUAGGGUUGUUGAGGAGGGCGGAUGGUGGAUGUUGGUGCUUAUCCGGCUCAGUGCAAUCCCUGGACAUUUCUCCACCCUGGGUUUCGCGAGUAUGGAGGGUAUCUCGUUCUUCGCGAUGGCGAGUGCGGCGGCGGUGAGUACCCCCAAGAUGUUCUUACCGGUUUAUGUCGGGCAUUUACUUGCGUUGAGUGGGAUCGAGGAUCGGAAGACGAGUCCGGCGGAGUAUGUCGUGUUUGCGGUGACGGGGGUGUUGACGCUCGCGAUCGGAGGCUGGAUUUAUUGGAAGUAUUGGAAGAUUAGGAAAGAGAUGAGUGCGGAUGAUGCGAUGAAUUCGGUUGGGGUGGAGAUGGCGUACAGGCCUGUGGAGUUUGAUGUCGAUGAGGAUGGGGAUGAGGAGGAGAGGGUUGGGCUUACGGCUAAGGCGGCGGGGAUGGGGAUGAGCAAUGAGGUGGUGGGUGAGAAGAAGGGCGCGAGGACGCCGGAGGUUGAUGAUGUUGAUGUUUCGCCGGGGUCGAAGCCGGGGUAUGGGUACGAUAAUCACGCAGAGAUGGAUAAUCCGUUCGAUGCCGACGAGAGAGGAAGAUCGAAUGGCCAUGGGGAUGGUGUGCUGAGAACGGUACUCACCGAUGAUGUCGAAGGAGAGGAUGCAUACGAUCACAGGGAAAUGAGUCUCGAUCUGAGCCGGGGCCGGGUAGGGAGUAAGGACCAUGGGCGGUACGAUGGGUAUUGAU